AUGCCUUUUAUCUCCGUAGAGCAUCGUCCGGACGGCUCGGUCGCAUACAGCGGGUACCUGAUUCAGCUGUGGCAGAUCGUCGCCGAAGAGCUGGGUCUUCGGUACCGGAUGGUGACCCCGCCCACCGACGGCUACGGCAGUCUAAGUUCCAACGGCACCUGGACUGGCGUGGUGGGAGACCUGGCUUAUGGACGCGCCGACUUGGCGCUGAACAUGCUGACUGUCACGCCUGGUCGGGUCAGCGUUGUGGACUUUCUGGAUAGAACGCCAUUGGCGUCUGAAACACUCGCGUUCAUGGUGCGGCGCGACACGGCGGUGACGCUGCGCCUGUCUCCAGCGAUGUUCGCUGGCCUGCUUCGGCCGCUGGGCGCCGACGUCUGGUGGACGCUGGCCGCCACACUGCUGGCGUUCUCGCUGGUGCUGCGCCUAACGCUGCGGUUCAACAGCGCCAGAGUCGAGGACGGCCGGCAGGUGCGCAACAUGGGCUGGGGCUCGUGUCUGGUCGCCGCAGCAACGAUUAUUUUGCGCCAGGGCUGGGACAGAACGCCGAAGUCGCUGGCCGGUCGCACAGUCACCGCCGUUGGCUGGGUGAUGGGUGUCCUGAUUUACAGCACCUACACCGCCAACCUGGUGUCGAUUCUGACGGAGCCAAGGGUCGACCGACCCAUCAGCAGCGUAAAGGAGUUUGUCCAGCAGCCCGACUGGACGCUGGCAAUGUACACAGGCGUGCAUAAGCUGAACGAGCUGAGAAACAGCUCUGACCCCGACGAACGGGAGCUGUAUCGACGAUCCGUCACCGGCGACCGCUUCGUAGCACUUGAUACUGUAGCAAAAGGCGUGCUGCAAACAAUGGAACCUAGGCUUAUGGCGUUUGCUGACUUUAAGGCUCUCUACCACUUCCUUGCGAUGUUCGCGAGCCUGCUUCGGCCGCUGGGCGCCGACGUCUGGUGGACGCUGGCCGCCGCGCUGCUGGCGCUCUCGCUGGUGCUGCGCCUCUCGCUGCGGUUCAACAGUGCCAGAGCCGAGGACGGCCGGCUGGUGCGCGACAUGGGUUGA